AUGGCAAGUUCGAUCAACACAAAAGUUACAACAAGCGAUGUCAAUGGGUUAUCAUUGAUAGCAGCACAUUCGCAUAUUACAGGUCUUGGUUUGGAUGAUAACCUACAACCACAGGAAAAUGCUCAAGGUAUGGUUGGGCAACUCAAAGCUAGAAAGGCUGCAGGAAUCGUCUUGAAAAUGGUCCAAGCAGGGAAAAUAGCAGGUCGUGCGGUGUUGGUUGCUGGGCCACCAUCGACUGGAAAAACGGCUAUUGCCAUGGGAUUAUCCCAAAGCUUAGGAUCAGAGGUUCCAUUCACUGCUAUUGCGGCGUCGGAAGUUUUUAGUUUGGAGUUGUCAAAGACUGAAGCAUUGACCCAAGCAUUUAGAAAGUCCAUUGGAAUAAGAAUCAAAGAGGAAACUGAAAUCAUAGAAGGAGAAGUGGUUGAAAUUCAGAUUGAUAGAUCUAUUACAGGUGGUCACAAACAAGGUAAGCUUACGAUCAAGACUACAGACAUGGAAACUAUUUAUGAAUUGGGUAACAAAAUGAUUGAGGGCUUGACAAAGGAGAAAGUUCUUGCAGGUGAUGUGAUAUCCAUCGACAAGGCAUCCGGUAAAAUCACAAAACUUGGCAAGUCAUUUACGAGGGCUAGAGAUUAUGAUGCCAUGGGCCCAGAAACUAAAUUUGUUCAGUGUCCGGAAGGAGAGCUACAAAAAAGAAAAGAAGUUGUACACACCGUUUCUUUGCACGAGAUUGAUGUAAUUAAUUCCAGACAACAAGGCUUUUUAGCAUUGUUCUCGGGAGAUACAGGAGAAAUUAGGUCAGAAGUGCGUGAUCAAAUCAACACCAAAGUCGCGGAGUGGAAGGAAGAAGGCAAAGCUGAAAUUGUUCCUGGAGUUUUAUUCAUUGAUGAGGUCCAUAUGUUGGAUAUUGAGUGCUUUUCGUUCAUCAACAGAGCUUUGGAGGAUGACUUCUCACCUAUUGUGAUGAUGGCUACAAAUAGAGGUAUUAGUAAGACCAGAGGUACCAAUUACAAAUCACCACAUGGAUUACCAAUUGAUUUGUUAGAUAGAUCUAUUAUCAUACAUACCUCGAACUACACCGGUGAUGAAAUAAGAACCAUCUUGUCCAUAAGAGCCAAUGAAGAAGAGGUUGAGUUAACUGGUGAUGCUCUUGCGUUGUUGACCAAAAUUGGGCAAGAAACUAGUUUGAGAUAUGCUAGUAAUUUGAUUUCUGUAGCACAACAAAUUUCACUCAAGAAAAGAGCUUCUCAAGUUGAACUUCAGGAUAUAAAGAGAGCUUACAUGUUGUUUUUGGAUUCCGAUAGAUCGGUUCAAUAUUUGGAAAAACAUUCUUCACAAUACAUCGAUGAUUCUGGUAACGUUAUUAUUGGGAAAGCAGAUGACGAGAAGGAAAGUAAGGACAAAGCUGAUGGUGAAUCUACAUCAGAGAAUAAAAGUCAAGGAAAUGAUGAUGACAAAAUGGAGACUGAUUGA